CGUCAACUAAUUCCAAAGUCUAAUAGGAGAUUCAUGGGGUUGUAAUGAGUUUCUUCACGGUCAUGAUACAGAGGAAGGGUCACACUACCACCAGGGUCAUAACACUACCCCUGGAAAUGCCCACAACUCCUAUGAAAGCCUUGUCAAAUGUGUGUUUCUUUAGGUUCACGGUACAGAGGAAGGGUCACACUACAACCAGGGUCAUAACACUACCCCUGGAAAUGCCCACAACUCCUACGAAAGCCUUGUCAAAUGUGUGUUUCUUUAGGUUCACGGUACAGAGGAAGGGUCACACUACCACCAAGGUCAUAAAACUACCCCUGGAAAUGCCCACAACUCCUAUGAAAGCCUUGUCAAAUGUGUGUUUCUUUAGGUUCACGGUACAGAGGAAGGGUCACACUACCACCAGGGUCAUGAAACUACCCCUGGAAAUGCCCACAACUCCUAUGAAAGCCUUGUCAAAUGUGUGUUGCUUUAGGUUCACGGUACAGAGGAAGGGUCACACUACCACCAGGGUCAUAACACUACCCCUGGAAAUGCCCACAACUCCUAUGAAAGCCUUGUCAAAUGUGUGUUUCUUUAGGUUCACGGUACAGAGGAAGGGUCACACUACCACCAGGGUCACAAAACUACCCCUGGAAAUGCCCACAACUCCUAUGAAAGCCUUGUCAAAUGUGUGUUUCUUUAGGUUCACGGUACAGAGGAAGGGUCACACUACCACCAGGGUCAUAAAACUACCCCUGGAAAUGCCCACAACUCCUAUGAAAGCCUUGUCAAAUGUGUGUUUCUUUAGGUUCACGGUACAGAGGAAGUGUCACACUACCACCAGGGUCAUGAAACUACCCCUGGAAAUGCCCACAACUCCUACGAAAGCCUUGUCAAAUGUGUGUUUCUUUAGGUUCACGGUACAGAGGAAGGGUCACACUACCACCAGGGUCAUGAAACUACCCCUGGAAAUGCUCAUAACUCCUACGAAAGCCUUGUCAAAUGUGUGAGCUUGUGGAAGGUGUG